AAUCUGUUCACAAAGUGAAGCACUUCGAAAAGGUUGCCAAGGUUUUCCAGUUUUCCACUUGCCAAGGGGCAGGGGGUGAAAGUCAGGUAGAAAGCGCUUCCCAUCGGAUCUCAGUCUCAGUCUCAGUCACAGAAAUGUCUUUCGCGUGUUCAGAGCUGAUCGUCGUGCUGCUGGCCGUGUGCCUCAGUCUGGGUCUGUCCUCCUGCGAUCCUGUGCUGGAGCUGCAGUCGCUGCGCGGCCACAGGGAGCGGCUUCUGGGUGAGAUCGAACGCAUCUACAUGGAGCAGCCGCUGGGCGGGGAGACGCAACUGCUGCUGGACGAGCUGCAAGUGCGGGAUCAGCAGCUGCGGCAGCAAAUCGAACAACUGGAGGCGGCGACAGUGCCCGCGGAGGAGGCGAACAGCAGCAGCACCCAGCGGCUGGCCAUCAAUCUGACUGCUGACUUUGAGCACUUGCAGCACAAGCUGGACGACCUGAAGCGCCAUUUGGAUCGUCUGGAUGUGCGCUUUGCCACGCAGCAAGGCAAGCAGCUGGAAGGCCACACGACGGCGACCAGCAGCCAUCCAGCAGCCACCUUGGCGCCCUCCUCCGGCAUUGGCUCGUUCUUUUGGACACCGCUGCUGACAAUGCCGGAGUUUCCACAGGGCAGCAUAGCUGCCACGGACAAUGGACAGGAUCAUAAGCAGCAUCAGCAUCAGCAGCAGUCCCAGCCCCAACAGCAGCAGCAGGCAAGUCCCUCCAUCAUCAAGCGUGUGCUGGACAUGCUGCGACCCUCAGCCACUGGCCUGCGCAAUCGUUGGCUCGAGUCGGAGAAAUCUGCCACAGGAUCGACUUCGACUUCGGGUUCGGGUUCGGGUUCGUCCAAGCUUCACGUACUCACUGCCGAGGAGCUGCUGCCGCAGCUGCAGGAGCAACGGAAAUUCCUGGACGCUGCCAUCACGCGACUGGAACUUUUGUCAGCGACAAAGAGUCCGAAGAAGCAUUAGGGCCGAUGCGCCACAACAGAGGGCGCAGCUAGGCAACCGUGGCUGAGCCGUGGCUGACUUAUUGAACCCACUCCAAUGUCACCUUUGCCACACACUUUGCUACGUCAUCAGCAAUAAAAGAGAAACUAAACAAAAACA